UCUCCUUGCAUCUUUAAAAUCUCACAUUGUUCUGAUGUUUCAUUUUUAUUUUCAGUACGAAUUGCUCUCGUAAACAGGUAACGCGUUAGAAGUUACGAUUGUAUGCUGAACGCGACGCUUACGCAGUGAAACUCCGGUGCAGGCAGAUGCUAGAAUGGCGCCGUGAUCGUUUUACUGUUGUUGACUUUUUCGAAUAUGCAGUGACGGUAUUUUUCUACUCUUCGCUUUUUGGGGGAAUCAAGAACAGGCCACCAUGACAAUACAAGUAAAAAUUAAUUUAGACAUGCACCCAACAUGCUUUGACCUGAUAUUUCCGGACGGUAUAGAAGAAGGUGGGAGAGUUCGGUUGAAGUUGCACCGUGCAUCAUCGCGAUUCACAUACCUCAACGCCCGAGAGCGUGUUCCAGUGGUGCGGCAGAACAGAGGCGCCCUUGAUUCCCGCUACAUUGAAGAAAACAUAGUGAUCGAUGCGUCUCACGAGUCUGACGGUCAUCCAUUGUGCCUUUUAAAACCGAUCGGCGAUGCUCGCGAGAAAACAGACCAUGGCUGCAGUGCUACAAACGGUAUACCCAACGAAGCCUCUCCACGGAACCUCGUCGAAACCUCCUGCGCGAGUCCCGCCGCUUCCUCCGUUCUGUCUGCUGACAUUCCUGAUGACAUACCCGAUGACAUCCACAACAACGACGACAGUAAUGUCUGCGCUGCGCAGGAUCAUUCAGAAAAUUCCGUGCCACCGGGACGUAUUCCUAUUUACGUAUGUACUGUUUGCGGAUACCAGACAAAAGACAAGGAACGAGCCCUCGGGCACAUGCAAUCUCACUGCAACGCGGGAGAGCCCUCAGUGCGGAAGAAAAGACGUAAGCUUAGCCAUACUUCACAGGAGCACGACGAAUCCGGCGAAAAAACGUUCCGGUGCUCCGAAUGUUCGAAGCAGUUCCCAGCAGAGGGAUUGCUUCGCAUACACACGCGCGUCUAUCACGGCGGCACGAUUGAAUGUUCACUUUGUACCAUUGAAGCCGGCAACGAGCGUGACUUGGAGAAACACAUGGUUUCCGAACACGCCGAGGCAGCGCCUCUGAAAUGCUACGUUUGUCACACUCCACAUUUCAAUCCAGAAAUAUUGAGGUCUCACGAGCUGUGGUGUUCGACACUGGGAAAGCUCAAGAAGACUCUGAAAUGUCAGCUGUGCGACUUCAACACCAUACAGUACGACGAACUCUGCCAGCAUGUGAAAGACAAGCACACAGAGAAAGUUGUGUACACUUGUGAAAUAUGUGGCAGCCUGUCACUCGAUAAGAAGCUUCACCAGGAACAUUUGAGAACGCACCAAGAAGGAGUCGAGCCGCCUGUUGUCGAAGGCGAAUACCAGUGUCCCGUCUGCAGAAAAUCGUUGGCAAACAAGCGUGGCCUUCGGCUGCACUUGAAGCGACACCCCAUCUCCCUCAUCCACAUCUGCGAGACUUGCGGAGACCAUUUUCCGACGCAGCAGGACCUCAUGAAGCACACGGACCAGCGCCACAAGCCGGUCACCAGGCGCUACCAGUGCCGCUUCUGCAGCAAGAUCUUCAAGACCUCGUUCAGCGUGAAGAGGCACAUGAAAAAGCAGCACGGCUACGAGAGACCGUCCAAGUCCGUUCCGUGGGACUACAUCACGCUGGUGGCGGCCAAGCAGCAAGAAGGGGACAGUCAAGAACAGGGCAAGCCUCCGCAGUUGGUCGAGAAAAAGACGCGACCACGCCGUCCACAUCGUUGCCAGCUGUGCGCCUUCGAGACGAACAAUUUGGGCCGCUUUGAACGGCACCAGGCGCUCCACACUGGGAUCUACCGUUACCCAUGCCCAGAGUGUCCCAGGAAGUUUGCCGCCAGGACGGAACUAAAAAAGCACAGCCAGAUUGCCCACCCUAAAAAUUUGCUCACCUGCACGCAUUGUCCUAGGCUAUUCGAGACAAGAGAAACAUCAGCUUAUAAAGCACACCUGGAACAGCACAGCAAAGGGAAAACGAGAAAAUGCAACGAAUGUGGCCACCACUUCGGAAACGCUGAAGAACUGCUGGCCCAUCUGGAUCAGCUCCACUCGCCUUCGUUGCCGGUGGAAUGCCGCUUGUGCCACCAACGCUUCCGUCUAGUCAGCCACCGGGUAAACCACGUGAGACGGUAUCACCCAAACGUGUUGCAGCGUCCCCACAUAUGUGACGUCUGCGGCUGGGCUUAUCGGUACCAGAGCGGCCUGUCCGUGCACAAGCUGGAGCGGCACUCGAACCGGGUCGGGGACAAGACAUACGAGUGCGACUACUGCGGGAAGGUGUUCGGACGGGGCAACAUCCUUGCUCUGCACCUGCGCCUGCACACCGGCGAAAGCCCGUACUUGUGCCGGGAGUGUGGGGUGACUUUUCGUACACCCACGGGGUUGAAGUACCACACGGUCAACGUGCACACCAAAGACUACUCGGUGUUCUGCCAGAUAUGUUCCAAAGGGUUCGUGUCGAAGAGGAAGUUGAAGGUGCACUUGAUAAGGACACACAAGGCUCAGAACGUGGAGCAGCACGUCGGUCAGAAGCAGAGGGCGCCACCCGUCUUUAUAGAGCGUGCGACAGUGCCCGUUGUUUCCGUUGAGACUGGGGACGACUCGAUGUUGGACGUCAUGCAAAUCAUUGAUCCAAACGAGACGAAAACGAGGCAGUUGGAGACAGCUGUACAUGUUAUCGAUUUUGCCGACUUGGAUAUUGCUCAGACGUCCACCGUAGAGUGCUAUACGGAAGCGUGAUUGACGUUUCGUGCUUUGGAAAUACUGUGUGUGACGAGUGCCUUUGCUGCACAUUCAUUUGUGGCAGUCAUUUGAAUUGUUGACAUCCUUGGACUGAUCAUCCUCACAAUUGGCUGCAACUGUGUAUUCAUGAACUUUUACAAUGGUUUAUUGAUAAUGUAAUAAAGGUCUAGCUCUUAAAUCA